AGGCUGAGACAGAUGUCUCCUGCGUUACAAGUUGCGUUCCGAGCUUGCCAACGCAAACGUAUCGAGCCAGCCUCACAAGCUAGGGUUCUUCACCGCGCUCCACCCUUCUUCCCUCUCCCUUCGUCCCCUCCAAUUGGAAUGUGUUUGUGACUUCAUAUGCUGGUAGUUGACAUUUUGAAAUUGUAACUGUGGUGGGAGCAAUAAUAUAUUUUGACAUCAUCAUGGAGAUACAGACUUGUGGCAGGCCGAUUGACUCCUUGCUAGAGAAAGUGCUUUGUAUGAAUAUUCUGUCGUCUGAUUACUUCAAGGAGCUCUAUCGAUUGAAAACGUAUCACGAAGUUAUUGAUGAGAUCUACAAUCAAGUUGAUCACGUGGAGCCAUGGAUGACUGGGAAUUGUCGCGGUCCUUCAACUGCAUUUUGUCUUCUGUACAAGUUUUUUACUAUGAAGCUCACCGUCAAGCAAAUGCACGGGCUGUUAAAGCACCCCGAUUCUCCUUACAUAAGAGCGGUUGGAUUUCUCUAUCUGAGAUAUUGUGCUGAUCCGAAGACACUAUGGAAUUGGUUUGAGUCAUAUGUAAAAGAUGAUGAGGAAUUUUCUCCCGGAUCUAAUGGUCGAAUGACUACAAUGGGUGUAUAUGUCCGUGAUUUGCUUCUUGGACAGUAUUAUUUCGACACACUGUUUCCUCGCAUCCCUGUUCCUGUAUUGCGGCAGGUUGUGUCUAAUCUUGAAAAGUUGAAGCUCCCCUCUACACAUUCUGGUUCAACAGGGGAAACUACUCGUCAUGGUUCUGAUGAUACUGCCCGUAGACCACCUUCUGUUAAAGCUGCCCUUUCAGUCUCUUUUGGUCAGCGGGCUCCACACCGGGCUUCCACAAGAGAUUCUUCACCUAUUCGCCGUACAUUACCUUCUCAUGAAAAAAAUGGCAGUGAUGACAUAAGAAGAUCUCCAAGUAAUCGCCGCAGCCAGAGCCGUGAAUAUCCUGAUAGGGAGAGGGAUAGGGACCGAGACCGGUCACAGUCCAGAGACAGGGAUCGGGAACGUGAUAGAGACAGGGAUCGGGAACGUGAUAGGGACAGAUACCGUGACCGAGAUAGGAACAGGGAGUGGGAGCGAGAUCGAGAUCGAGACCGGGAAAGAUACAGGGAUCAUGACUCGGAAAGAGAUCAGGAUAGGGACAGAAUCAGGAGGAAUAAUGAGCGGGAAAGAGAGAGAGAGAGGAGUUACGAUUAUGACAAGAGGUCUAAGUACACAGAGAGAGAAAGCAGCCGGGAUUAUGACAAUGGUAGUAGGCACUAUCGUAGGAGCAGGAGUCGGAGCAGGAGCAGGAGUAGAAGUCGGAGCUUGCAAGCUGGCACUGGUCGGUAUGAAUCACGAUCUAGUCCUCAGAGAGAGGAGAGUAAGAGAACUUCUGCUUCGAGUAAUCUUGCUAAACUUAAAGAUAUGUAUGGUGAUUUAGGGGAUAGUAAAGGAGAUGCCAACAUGGAAAGAAUUCCUAGAAAGGAUAGUGGAGGUGAAGAGGUUAUUAGACUUGGCGGGUCUACUUGGAAGGAUUAGUUAUCAUGGAAUGCUUGUAUCAGGUGUUGGAUGGCUUUCAUGGAGAAAAACAUUGGGACUAGCCCUUUUGUUGCCAGAUGUUUAGAUUGGUGAAUGCUAUCUAUAAUUAGCAUCAUAGAUAAUGUAUACUAAAAUUUAUUCCUGGUGCAUUGAAUUUCAUGUUUUGUAAUCGCAAGUUUUAGACUAAAAGAUCAUUUUAUGUAGUCCUGAACUACCAUGUUUACAUUAAUGGUUUAAACUUUGAUA